CGGAUAAAACUAGUCAAUGAUAGGAAUAGCAGAUACCUGAUAGAGUUAGUCAUGAACAUUAAUAGAGAUGUGUUCCUGAUUCAAAUAACAUUUGUCAUUAAAAAAAAGAAAAAGUAAUGAUACUGUAUAUAUUGGUAUUAUGACAAUAACAAACCAACAGCAGGAGAAGAGUGCAGAAAAAAUGGCUUAUCCUCGCGUGGUUCUGUUCCCCUUCAUGUCCAAAGGCCAUAUUAUCCCAUUCAUUGACCUUGCUCGUCUCCUUCUCCACCGGAGAAUCUCCGUCAUCAUCUUCACCACUCCGGCAAGCCGUCCUUUUUUCUCCGAUUCCCUUUCGGACGCCAACGUCAAUAUCAUCGACAUUCCAUUUCCUCAAACCAUCGAAGGAAUUCCCGCAGGUGUUGAAAGUACUGAUAAACUUCCAUCCAUGUCCCUUUUCGUUACAUUUGCCAAUGCUACCAAAUCCAUGAAACCCCAUUUCGAAAAGGCCUUGGGGUCUCUUCUGCCAGUUACUUUCACGAUCACUGAUAGCUUCCUCCCAUGGACUAUAGAAUCUGCAAACAAGUUGGGUAUCCCGAGGUUCGCCUUUUAUGCCAUGAUGCCCUUUUCCUUGUCCUUAAUACGUUCCUCCGGAGAUCUCCUUCGAACAGAAUUGUCUGAUGAUGAAAUGUUCAGAGUACCUGACUUCCCUUGGAUUAAGCUCACUAGGAAUGACUUUAGUUCACCUUUUAGAGAGCGUGAACCAAGUGGUCCCUUUUUUGAUUUUGCCAUGGAGGAACUCAUGGCUACUUCUAAAAGCUAUGGUAUAAUUAUGAACAGCUUUUACGAGCUCGAAUCUGUUUAUAUAGACUACUUUAAGGGUAGUAAAUUUAGUCCUAGAGCAUGGUGCUUUGGACCCUUUUGUGCGGCGACCGAUCUGACAAAAGAAACACGACAGGAAAGCUUAGAGAAACCUUCAUACAUCAAAUGGCUUGAUGAAAUGCUAGAACAGGGGAAAUCAGUUUUAUACGUGGCAUUCGGGAGCCAAGCAGAGAUAUCUGCUGAACAGUUGAAGGAAAUCAUAAUUGGGUUGGAGAAAUCUGAAGUGAAUUUCUUGUGGGUGGUCAGAAAAAGUAUAGAUGAAGUGGACGGCGCGUUUGAAAACAGAGUGAAAAACAGGGGACUGAUGGUGACAGAGUGGGCUGAUCAGAGACAAAUCUUGAGCCACAGGAGCGUUCAAGGUUUUCUAAGCCACUGCGGUUGUAAUUCAGUGAUAGAGAGCAUAUGCGCAAAGGUGCCAAUACUGGCAUGGCCAAUCAUGUCAGACCAACACCUAAAUGCAAGAAUGGUGGUGGAGGAAAUCAAGAUUGGGCUAAGGGUCGAGACAUGUGAUGGGUCAGUGAGGGGAUUUGUGAAGUGGGAAGGUUUGGAAAAGCAGAUGAGGGAGUUGAUGGAAGGAGAGAAAGGUAAAGGGGCAAGGAAGAAGGUGAAAGAGAUUGGAGAAGUAGCCAUUGGUGCUGUCAGAGAAGGUGGAUCAUCAUGGCAAACGUUGAACGAUCUCUUCCUUGAGUUAACUGCAAGAACUGUUUGAACCUGUGAAUCUAAUUUCUUUGUUGUUGGGAGCAGGCUAGCUAGCUGUUCUUUAAGAAUUAUUUACGACCUUAAUGAUGCACUUUUUAUGUUUUC